AAAAAAGCGGGAAAGUUGUAAGUUUUUUAGACCAAGUAAUAACGCGAAUUUGUAUCAUUUCGUAAUGCCGAACUCCUCGAAUCCGUUAGGCGAGUCUUUACAGACUCAAAAAAAUCAUAAUGUCGGUGAGAUAAAUACAAUUGAAGAAGCGAAUAAUGGCUUAAAUUCAUCAUCACUAUGUGAAUGUGAAUAUAAAAAUAUGUUUGAUAGUAUGGUUAAUUCUACACGUGGUGGCGAAAACCCACGUGCACUAAUCCCAAAUAGUCAAGAAAGCAGCAAUAUAAAGAAUUAUAAAGACCAAAUACAAAUUGAAAGGCAUAUUAACUCGGGUGGGAAUGAAUAUUGUAGUUCUUCCAAUUCGGCUGAAGAAUGUCAAGGCUCCAUAUCACCCAGACCGUUAAACGUUCCCUUCCCGAAUGUUCUCACGGACGAAGAUCGCUAUGAACCACCUUUCCCCGAAAUUUCCCUUGAACAUCUAAACAGUUUUAACCAAGAGGCUCACCCACUUAAUAAUCAAGAUAAUUCCAACAUUUUUGACGAUAUAAAUCCGGAAAGCGACCCUAAUCAAUAUAGCACAUUUGACCGAUAUUAUCAGAACACCUUCCAACAAACGCAAUCAAGUAGCAGCAACAACGGAUCAUAUUUUGGUCUGAUAAAUGUAGAUUAUAGUAUCUACAAUCAAGAUUCUUUUGACCGUUACGGGCCAGAGUAUCACGAGACACAAUCUUAUGAGUAUAGCGAUACUGUCUCACAGGUUAAUUUAACGAAUGUUAUUGAAAGCUUCGAUGAAACGCCGGAUGGAAAUGCUUGGGUUUCAACAAACGCAUUCACUAUAGAACACCAAGGAAAUGAACUUUCUUCAACGUCUUAUAUCGGGAGUGCGGCUUGUUCGAUUGAAGAUUCAAUAGUCGUUGAAACACAUCGCCUUGAAAAUACUUUUACCAACUACUCUCUACAGACCUAUGGCGAGAAUUGGAAUCCUAAUCUGACGAACAAUUUAAAUUUAACGUAUAACUUGCCUGGGGAAGAAGAUCCUUGGAGUGCUUUUGCCGAUAUUGAUGUCCAAGAAGUGGACAAUAAUCAAGACAUGCUUGAAUCAAGCUUAGAAUAUCAAAAUAUCUUGCCUCAGGCUAGUAUGAACGACAGCAAUAAGACGUUUUUAGAAUCCUGCCGUUUUGCCAAUGCUUCAAACGUCUCAAAUAUCAAUAAUCUACCACCUACGAAUAACCCAGAACAAGAUAAAAAUAUUAUCAUAGACAACGAUAAACCAUGGAGUAGUUUUGUAGAUGUAGACGUCCAACGCAUCGAUUAUGAUCAAACAAUACUUGAUUCGUCCCUCUUCGAAAUUUCACAAUUACCCGCUUCAGCAACUGGCUAUUCCAACGAUCUAAUGUUCGCGAACACAUUCAAUGCCGAAUAUAAUAGUAUUCCAACGUCGUCUUUCAACUAUAAUUUUUGGCACGCACAACAACAGCAAGACGUUCGUCAAGCAACCUGGAAUACUGAAAUGCAAAUAAAUGAGAAUCCCAACUACUUUGAAGAAACUCAUCUUGAUAAUUAUUAUACCCAAUACGAUCAGAGCUACUAUUAUGAACCUUAUGCUAGCUUGAACGAUAACUAUCAAGAAUCAGCAGCCAGCUGGCAACCAGAUUCAAUAUAUUACUAUGAAACGUCGUCGACUGUUUACGAUGAUACUAAUAAAACUUUGUUGUCAUGCGAAGGAGAAGAUAUUGAAAGCCAUAUCGAAACUACUACAGACGAAAUGAGCAGCGAGGAAAAUUUCGUGAUAGAGACUCACCAAAAUACUGCAGAGGAUCUUGAACAGAAUACUCAAAUGCCUACGAAUGUCAGAGGGCUUGAGCCAAUGGCAUCUGUUGCGCAACCAGUCAAUAGUAUUUAUGUUGGAGAUUCAAUAGUCUUUCCUAACAUAAUGAACUCUAUACCCAUAACAACAAUCCAAAGCCCACUCGAUUUACCAACGUUAGAAGAACCUGUAUCAUUUUCAGAAGUAGCUACAGGAGAUACCCUGCAAAAUAGUUCUUUUACUGAAUAUAUGCUGAGGCGUGAACGGAUCAACAGAGAAAAAGCAGAGAAAAGAAGACAAAGAUUAAAGAGACGACGUUUAAGAGAGUUAGAGGAAGAGGAACGACAAAGAAAUCUAAAAUUGGAGCAAGAACAACCAUUUUAUGGAUUAAGAGAAAGGCAGAACAAGCUGGAGAAGCCCUUCUUGACUUAUGAAGACAAUUUGGAACAAAGUAUGUCCUUUUCGGAAAGUGAAAGUGACGAUGAUUUCGCUGAGGACCAAAACGAAUUUCACAAUAAUAAUGAUGUUAGCCAGCAAGGUGAUACAAAUGGCAAUGACGACGGUGACGGUGACAAAGAUGAUGAUGAAAAUGAUAAAGAUGACAAUGAUGACGACGACGACGACGAUAAAGAUAACGACGACGAUAAUGACGAUGAUGAUGAUGACGACGACAAUCAUGUCAAUGCUAAUAACACUAACAAUGAAUUUGGCGACCAGGAGAUUACUGAUGAAGAUAGUAACGAUAAUAGUAAUGACGAUUAUAGUGAUAAUGAUAUUGCAGAUGUAACAGACGCAAACGACUCAGAAGACGAGAUGGAGAUUGGCGAAUAUAGAGAAGAAAGUUUAUAUGACCAGUUAAACUCUAUUGAAUCCAAUUCAGAUGAUGAUCCGUGGUUCGUUGUUGAAAUGGAAUAUAUGCGAGCUAUACAACAUGAACAAAAGUGUUUAAUGAAUGGCAAUUUCAAUGAACUAAAGGAGAUGAAAUUAGAACCUUGGAGAGCAAUUUGUUGCGCCAAACCAAAAAGAAAUAAAACUUUCAACGAAAUCAAACGUAAAUUAAUUGGUAAAGAUUCAAUAAGAGCGAAAGAAAUUAACAAGAGAGUUAGACAAGACUAUGAGUUGGAUUUAAUAUUCUGGGAAACGUUUGCAACUAUGAAGGGAAUGUCUUUAGAGCAAAUAAAAAGUCGUAAAAUCUCUUUAGAAAAGGAAUUAUUGAAAAAAUAUUUUACAGAUCAUGAUUGUUUCGAGCGUUUAUUUAGUAUUUGUGAGCAGAACGACAAGUUAACAGCCGAAAUUCUUAUGAGUGCUCAAAGUUCAUUGAGAGAUGCUGAAAAUGUAAGGAAAAGUCUUUUGGAAGAAAUUAGUGCAUGUGAUAAUAUACUUGAUUCGGGUAUCUAUAAACUCUUUCAUUCUAAAUUUGAAAAUAAUGUGUGUAACUUUUUGGAGGAUAUUAUAAUCGCGAAGAGCGCAGCGAUUGAUAGAGCCUUCUGCAAGAUAGCAUCUCUUUUAGACGAGAAAGGAUCCUUAGACAAGUUAUGAUUUCUAUCUUCUUCCGUUUUCUUUUUCCUUUGUUAUUUUUUGUUUGGUUUUUUUUGUUCUCUAUUAUUUCUAUUUGUUAAGAUUAUACGUUGGUGCUAUCAUCGUUGUUGUACUUUGCUGAUGAUUAUCAUCAAUAUUGGGAAAAAAAUAUAAACGC